GUUUCGAUUUCGAUUCUUAAAAGAACGACUGAGACAAAUUCCCCCUCCCCCAUGCCACCCGUAUUUUCCAUUCCACACGCCUUUUCCUUCUAUAUAUGCCCUCCUCUCUCUCCUCUUCUCCUCCUCAAUUUCGAAUUACCAAAGCCAAGCCAAACCUAAACCGACGAGUGGAGGGAGAAAUCCUUCGUUUCCUUUUUAAGUCGUUUGAUGCUGCGAAGAUGGUCGAUCUAGACUGGAAAGCAAAGAGAGCCACGUCAACUGCCGCCGCCCCCGACAUGUCCCGGAAGUCCCCCCGGCUCUCCAACAAGCUCCACCUGCUGAUCCCCACGCCGUUCCGCGGCGGCACCGACGUGCCCGCCGCCUCGGGCUCGGCCUCCUCGGCCUACGAGGCGUACCUGCGCCUCCCCGAGCUGCGGCGGCUCUGGGGCUGCAGGGAGUUCCCCGACUGGAAGUCCGAGCCCCUCCUCCGCCCGCCCCUCCAGGCGCUCGAGAUCACCUUCCGGCUCGUCUCGACCGUGCUGUCGGACUCCAGGCCGUACGCGCACCGGCGCGAGUGGAAGCGGCGGCUCGAGGCGCUGGCCGCGACCCAGAUCGGGCUCAUAGCGGCUAUAAUCGAGAGCGAGGAGGACGAGGCGGAGACGCGCGGCGGCGCGCCGAUCGCGGACGUGACUUCGGGCGUCGGCGUGCUGGCUCGCAACUGCAGCUCGGCGGAGGUCUGGCGGCUCCCCGGGGGCGAGGCCGCGGGCACGGUGGUGAGCCGCACGAGCGAAGCCAGCCUGCUGCCCAGGCUGGGGACGUGGCAGACGUCGGAGGACGUGGCGCAGAAGAUCCUGUACACCAUCGAGUGCGAGAUGAGGCGGUGCCCGUACACGCUGGGCCUGGGAGAGCCGAACCUGACGGGGAAGCCGAGCCUGGAGUACGACGCCGUCUGCAAGCCCGGCGAGCUUCGCUCCCUCGCGAAGAAUCCGUACGAUCACCAGAUCCAGAAUCACGAGAACCAGAACCUGUACACGACGCACCAGAUCCUGGAGUCGUGGGUUCAGGCGUCGAACGAGCUCUUGAAUCGCGUCGCGGAGCAAAUCGAGAGCAACAGCUUCGAGACGGCAGCGACGUACUGUUACUUGCUCGAGCGGACAUGGAAGCUAAUGACGGAGAUCGAAGACCUCCACCUGUUGAUGGAUCCGGAGGAUUUCCUCCGGCUGAAGAACCAGCUCGACCUCCGGAGCGAGGCGGCGGCGUUCUGCUUCCGCUCGAGAGGGCUCGUCGCGAUGACGAGGAAGUGCAGGGACCUGAAGCACAAGGUGCCGUACAUCCUCGGCGUCGAGGUGGACCCGAAGGGAGGGCCGAGGGUUCAGGAGGCGGCGAUGAGGCUGUUCGGCGGCGGCGAGAAGAGGGAGCAGUACGCCAAGAUCCACCUCCUGCAAGCGCUGCAGGCGAUCGAGGCGGCGAUGAAGAGGUUCUUCUUCGCGUACCGGCAGGUGCUCGGGGUGGCGGUGGGGAGCCUGGAGGCGACGGCGAGCCGAGCGGCGAUGAGCCUCGAGCGGGACGACUCGCUGAGCCAGAUGUUCCUGGAGCCGACCUACUUCCCCAGCUUGGACGCCGCUAAGACGUUCCUGAGCGACUCGUUGAGCCGAGAGCGCGGUCAGGCGUCUUGACCGGCCGGCCAUGACCGAGCGAGGGGAAGAAAGGUGGAGACCUGGGCGUGUUUGACUUUGACGGGAGCGUCAACUCGUUCAAAUACGUUAUUGUUUCGUCAAAGUUUGACCGAAUUUUUGUUCCCACAAAAAAAAAAAAAAAAAAAUUGAUAGAAUUCUCUCUCUCUCUCUCUCUUCUCUUCUCUUCUUUUGUUUUUGCAUUUGAAUAGGGAUAGAGAUCGAUUAUUUAUUCUUUGUAUAAUAAUUUUUAUAGUGGAUUGAUUGUAGUGCAACUUCUGUUUCAGACAAUUGAUGGGGUGGAAUGUAAAAGAGCUUCAGCUUUCUCAGUCUAUCUUGAGAUGGUAUGCGAUUUUGGUUUGUAAAUGA